AUGGUUGAUUCGCAGUCUUAUCCGAUUCCCGUUGCAUACGGCGCCGAUCUUAAAUUGACGCCGCCGCUGACGAAGUUUCAGCCGUCGGAAAUCCCAUUCCCUACUUCUGUUGAAAGCUUACAAGUGCUGCUUGCUCGUUACAGAGAGCUUCUCGAGAGUGGUACUCAUGUUGCUGACAAACUGGGAAUAGAACAGGUUCUUAGGAAAGUAUCCCAGCAACAGGACGAGUUCCUCAAAGAACAGAGCUCCGUUGAGACUCUGGUCAGUUCCAACAAAUACGAAGAGCUUUCUCCAGCAGAUCUAGAGCUGGUGAAGAAACAAGUUGUUGGAUUGCAACUUCUUUCGAAAGAUUUGGAUUUGCCGUUAGACCUCCAACAUGCCUUUGCAGAGGAUUACUAUGAUUACUACGAGGGAAGUGAAGACGAAGAUGAGGAGAUCUUGAAUGGAGGAAUUGACGACAACGAAGAUGUUGUCGAUGAGGUUAUUGAGGAAGUUGGAACUUCUGCUGUGACAGAAGACGGUAUUGAAACUCCAUUCAAGCUCAAGCUUCAAUAUGAAGAUUAUCUCUCCAAGGUGGAGUCCAUGGGCAUCCAAUCACAAAUCUCACUGCCUGAACCUCAGGUCAGCGCCUGCGGUACUUCUGAGUCCGAAGGUUUGAUAUCAAAGAAGAUCAACCAUAGACUAAUUUCUUUGGAGGAAAUUCCCGCCAAUAUCGGUGCCUACGAUUCCCGCAACCUGGAGAACGAUUUCAAGUCUUCUGACAAGAUUCCCGACAAUGUGGAUGAAUUGAAGAUAAAGUCGUUGAUUGAGCUGAAGUCUCUAAGACUUCUCGCGAAGCAGAAGAGGCUCAAGCAGAAGAUUCUGCUUUCUAGCGCUAACGGGGCUCACGUGAGCAAUCCCCUUCUCAAAAACAACUCAAUCACUAUGGCUGCACAGCGGUCUCUGUACAUAAGACCCAAAAUCAUUGCACCGCAGACCUCCAGACUUGCUGAGCAACUGGAAGAGCAACAAAGACUGGAGAAGAAGAAAAUCGAAUUGAACAAACAACUCAAGAAGGUCGCUUACAUCUUGGCUGGUGCUGAUGAAUAUAUAUUUGGUCUCAAAGAAAGAAAGACUGCGAAAAUCUCAUUUGGAAGGUCUGUUGGACAGCUUCAUCAACAGAUAGAGAGAGAUGAGGGCCGCAGACUUGAGAAGACAGCCAAACAGAGACUGGCGGCCUUGAAGUCCAAUGACGAAGAGGCUUAUUUGAAGCUCCUGGAUCAGACAAAGGACACCAGAAUCACGCAUCUGUUGAAACAGACCAACUCUUUCUUGGAUUCUCUCGCUACAAAAGUUGCUGUCGAACAGUCAAGAGCGAGACUUUUGGAGAAUGGUAUUGUGGAUGCCGGUGCUGUUGCUCCACCAACUCCAAUCACACCUGUUUCCGGCGAAGGCGACAGCGACCAAAACCCAGAUGCGGUUCGUGAAAAGCUGGACUACUACGAAGUGGCCCACAAAAUCAAGGAGGAAGUCACGAAACAACCUACCAUUUUGGUGGGAGGAACUCUUAAGGAGUACCAGAUCAAGGGUUUGCAGUGGAUGGUUUCGUUAUACAAUAACCAUUUGAACGGUAUUCUUGCAGAUGAGAUGGGUCUCGGAAAAACCAUUCAGUCGAUCUCGUUGAUUACUUAUCUUAUAGAAACCAAGAAGGAGAGAGGCAAGUUCCUGGUUUUGGUGCCGUUGUCGACCAUCACCAAUUGGACCAUGGAGUUCGAAAAGUGGGCUCCAAGCGUGAAAACCAUCGUCUACAAAGGCUCUCCUCCUCAGAGAAAGAUGCUUCAGUAUGAUAUUAGAGCUGGCAAUUUCAGUGUUUUGUUGACCACCUACGAAUACGUUAUCAGAGACAGGCCUUUGCUGGCGAAGUUUCACUGGGCUCAUAUGAUCAUUGACGAAGGUCACAGAAUGAAAAAUACCAGAUCGAAGCUCUCGUCUACUCUGUCGCAAUACUAUAAGACCAGACAUCGUCUGAUUUUGACUGGUACACCAUUGCAAAACAACUUACCUGAACUUUGGGCAUUGCUCAAUUUUGUGCUGCCAAACAUUUUCAAUUCGGUAAAGUCGUUUGACGAGUGGUUCAACACCCCGUUUGCCAACACCGGUGGCCAGGAUAGGAUGGACCUCACUGAAGAGGAAAGUUUGCUGGUUAUCAGAAGAUUACACAAGGUUUUGAGGCCAUUCCUUUUGAGAAGAUUGAAGAGGGAUGUCGAGAAGGAUCUUCCAGAUAAAGUCGAGAAGGUUGUUAAGUGUAAGCUUUCCUCACUUCAGUCCGUUCUCUAUCAGCAGAUGCUCAAGCACAAUGCUCUGUUUGUUGGUGCUGGCUCACAGGGAGCUUCAAAGUCCGGUAUCAAGGGUCUCAACAACAAGAUUAUGCAGCUGAGAAAGAUCUGUAACCAUCCAUUUGUUUUUGAAGAUGUCGAAAACGCGAUCAGCCCUGGAAGCAUGACCACAGACAUGAUCUGGAGGACUUCUGGUAAGUUCGAGCUUUUGGAUAGGGUUUUGCCUAAGUUUAAGGCAACUGGUCAUCGUGUUCUGCUUUUUUUCCAGAUGACUCAGGUGAUGGAUAUCAUGGAAGACUAUCUGCAUUACAGAGGGAUGAAGUUUUUGAGACUUGACGGUGGUACAAAGGCAGAUGACAGACAGGUCAUGCUGAAGGAGUUCAACUCGCCAGGCUCAGAGUACUUCUGUUUCUUGCUUUCCACAAGAGCGGGUGGUUUGGGUCUGAAUUUGCAGACCGCAGACACAGUCAUCAUCUUUGACACUGACUGGAAUCCGCACCAAGAUUUGCAAGCACAGGACCGUGCACAUCGUAUUGGUCAAAAGAACGAAGUCAGAAUCUUGCGUUUGAUAUCGGACGAUUCCGUCGAGGAAGUGAUUCUGGAAAGAGCUCAUCAGAAGCUUGAUAUUGACGGGAAAGUCAUUCAGGCCGGUAAGUUCGAUAACAAAUCUACCGCAGAGGAGCAGGAAGCUUUCCUGAGACGUCUGCUAGAAGCUGAACAGGCCAAGACAGCAGGAGAUGACGACGAAGACUUUGACGAUGACGAGCUGAACGAGGUCCUCGCCAGAAACGAAGAUGAAAAAGAGCUGUUUGCCAAGAUGGACACUGAAAGAAUGGCACAUGCCAAGAUAGAAGCAAGAAAAGCUGGAGUCCCUCUGCCAUCGAGACUGAUUGCGACAGAAGAAUUACCCCAAGUGUUCACAGAGGACAUUGCAGUUCAUUUAGAACAUGAUACAGAGAAGGAGCUUGCAAGCAAGAGACAGAGAACCAAAGUUGUGUACGAUGAUGGUUUGACUGAAGAGCAAUGGCUAGAUGCCAUGGAUGCGGAUGACGAUUCCGUAGAAGAUGCCAUUCAGAGAAAGCAGGAGGCGCUUGCCAAGAGGAAGGCGAGAAGAGACUUGAAGGAGCAGGAGUUUGGUGGGAGCGAAGAUGAGUCACUUGGAGACGAAACGAACGGGUUCUCGGAGAAUGAGUCUAUCAAUGGAAGCAAGAAGAGAGGCAGGGACACGUUCAAUGGCGAUUAUAGUGAUGGAGAGAUGGUAGAGCUUGCGCCGAAGAAGAAACGGGGUCGUCCAAAGGCAGAAUCCAAAGUGAUUCUUGAACUGCCAUUUGUGAAGCCUGCGCUCGCGCUUCUGGAUCAGUUGAAUACGGUUGUGGACGAAACAGGCCGCACCAGAAUCGACCUCUUCAUUGAUCUGCCCUCAAAGAAAUUGUAUCCUGAUUAUUACCAGUUGAUAGCCCGGCCAGUUUCGGUCAAUGUGCUGAAGAAACAGCUCAAACAGGGAAAGUUCCAGACUUUCGCUGAGUUUGCGGACGAAUUGCGUAUCAUGUUCACCAACUCGAAACUAUACAACGAGGAAGGAUCGUUUGUGUACAUCGAUGCCGAGGAAUUGGAAAAGUUUGCGGAGAAGAGACUGGCCGAUGUUGCUGCUAGUCUAGAGUGA